GAACUAUUGUGAAGCUGGAAACAAAACCCGGAAGGUUUUUCCGGUGGCGUUCGUCAAGCUAAGAAGCUAGGUCGCUAGCAGUCAGUUUAGAACAAGCCAAAGUGGCAGAAAUCAUCGUUCGUCAACAAAUGUGCCUUUAACCUUUUAGUCUGACUGUACGUCUUACCUGACGCAGUGAGAAUGGCUGCUACGUCAUACGUUUGUACGUCAGUUUUCGCUCUGACCUGAGAGAGACUAGUGCUAACGUUAGCUUGUUUACUGCAACAACCAAAAACUACUUUUUACUCUUCGUGGAUUUCCACUGUGUACUCAGCUCAUUUAAGGAGUGCCACUCGUUAACGAGUGUCCUUUCUCCAAAAUGUUCCUGGUGGGGCUUACAGGAGGUAUUUCCUCAGGGAAGAGCACUGUAUCCACGAUGCUGCGGGAGCUCGGGUGCCCCAUUAUCGAUGCUGAUGUUGUUGCCAGGAAAGUUGUGGAGCCAAACACUCCUGCCUAUUCCCGCAUCGUCUACCACUUCGGGCCAGAGAUCCUCCUGGAGAACGGGGAGAUCGACCGGCAGAAGCUGGGUCAGCUCAUCUUCGCCAACGAGGAGAAGAGGAAGCUCCUGAACUCCAUCACCCACCCGGAGAUACAUAAAGCAAUGCUCAAAGAGAUCCUGUUCUACUUUCUCAGGGGGUACCGCUAUGUGGUGCUGGAUGUGCCCCUUCUCUUUGAAACUAGACGCCUCACUAAGUUCCUAAACCACACUGUAGUAGUUUACUGUGACCCUGCCACUCAGCUGCAGCGUCUGAUGCAGAGGGACGGUCUGACCCAGGAGCAGGCCGAGCAGCGCGUGGCCGCUCAGAUGCCGCUGAACGAAAAGCGCGGCUUAGCCAAUCACGUUAUCGAGAACUCAAGCAGCAGAGAGGACGCCUACCGACAGGUCCUGAAGUUGCACACAAAGCUAGAGGACUCCAUGGACUUCCUCUUAGUGAGGGUCAUAGCUAUCGCAGCCACAGCCAGCCUGGGUGGAAUACUGCUGUAUGCUGCUAAGAUACUGUUGUCCUAACAGAGGACAAGUGAGGGGAUGAGAAGUAGUUUGGUCCAGAGAGAGGGGCGUAAACAUAAGCAAAGGGUACCAAUGCAAUUUACUGUCAGAUUAGUUACACAGCACCCACCUCCACAGCUCAGAGGGGUGACAUGCUCUGGCGGCAGUUAACACAGACUCACAUUAUUGACACAACAUGCACUGACAUAUGUGGUUUAGUGGGAAGGGUUUUCAUGUGCAAUUCAGACAGUUUUACUCAGAGACCUUAAAAACACAAAGGCAGUACCUGUGAAGCUUAGCUGCUGUGCUGAGCUCCUUAAUGUUCUCAACAGUUCUCGCUGUUUAAAGACCUCAAAACAGCUGAGACUUUUUAUUUUCAAACAACUCAUAACAUUCAGUCACAAAGUCCAAACUUAACAUUGUAAAAAAAAAAAAAAAAGCAAAGAGAUUUUAUUAUUAGACCUUUUAGUUUUUGAAAUUAGAGGUGUUGGGCAAUUGCAAAGAUUGUAAGUAUGUGCAAAAACAAUAUAGGCUGCACAGUAUUAACAACUAUACAUGUGCAGAUUAAUGCACUCAUUAUUUACAGACUGUCAUCUGGAGUGUUAGAAUAAAAAUACUCGUUAUCUCCAGUCAUGAAUCUGUUUUAAAUUGAAUUGAGUAUUCCUCUUUGAUAGAGAUUUAAGUUGCGUAACGAAAUGACCUAAAGCGUUGUAUAAAUAUCAUGAUUGUAUGUUAUGACCUGUGUAAUGCCGAUUAAUUGCAGAAUGUAUCUGACAAUCCAUUUUUAAUGGGAGCAGCGUGGAUUUUCAUGAAUUAACAGACUUUAUAUUUAUCACUGUAUUUUCUUACACUUGAAGCUGCCGUCUGUAUAAACCAGCCUGAUUUUUUUGUUUGUUUCUUGUCACACUCACUUGUAACUAAAACACAAGAUUUGUAACAUUAGCUGCUUAGCUGAAUCAUAAAUGAUCAAACUACUGUUUUAAAAUAAUAACUGUCCAAUGGC